AUGGCUCAAUUUAUGAUGGAUCUAAAAGCAGAACAUCGCACCAGCCCAUCUCUGUACCCGCCGAUAUCUCCAAAAAUGCUUGAAAUCUAUCGUCCGGAUUCAACGGACUCGGGAGUAUUGGAUCUAUCAAAACGUCGUGAUUCCGUGGACACUCGUAAAACCCCAUCGCCAUACGACAGUUUCAGUGAGGCAGGAUCACCGCCGCUGCAAAGUUCUCCCAUCAACUCUACCAACCAACUGCUGAUGAGCUAUCAUGCUAUUCAUCACCAACAGCGCGAUCUUCCACCGAAGACCAAAAUUCCUUACGAAUCACCGAACCAUUUGGAGCAAGGAAACAGUCUUGCUGCUAGAUUCAAUCCGACUCAAGGAUAUCCCAUCGCUCAUCCGGUGCUUCCGAAGCAGGAAAACUUUCCUCAUCGUCCCGAGAUGAUGCCGUAUCUGUUUCAAUCUGGUGCGAUCCAACAUCAACCGUUUCACCGUAGUCCACUUCAACAAACCCGUGAAACGGAUUCCCUAUCGGAAUCGGGCUCCGAGGGUCAAAUACUAGCGCCAAAUCUUAAGCUGACUCAACUGAAACAGUCACCUGAUCAAACGACUAAUUCACCAGUAGCCAACGGAACCUAUCCGAUGGUUAUUGGCCGCGACGGAAAACUGACACGCCCUUUCAAAGCAUAUCCCCGUGAUCCACUCAGCCUUACUGCCGGUUUCAUGGCCAGCGAUUCCUUACUCGACACAAUGUCCGCCGAGAAGUACAACAUUUUUCGCAAACGUAUGCUCGAACACAUUCGCGCUGCCAAUGGCGGACAGCCAACCGUGUGCAAUCCGAAAAUGCGUCGCCUCAAUAAAUCCCUCAGCGAUGCUUCCGAAACGGAAAGCGUACCGGACAAAAUGUCGGAAAACAACGAACUACCGCAGUCACAGCAGGCCACGCCCUCCGAAGGAAGCAACCCCAGUGAAACGGCGAACGGCAACAGCAGCAAUGGCGCAAACGGAGCGGUGAAAGACGCCGCCUACUACGAACGGCGCAAGAAGAACAAUGCAGCGGCAAAGAAAUCGCGCGAUCGUCGACGAAUCAAGGAAGACGAAAUCACCAUUCGGGCUCAUUUUUUGGAAAACGAAAACAUGCAACUACGCUGCGAACUCGCCGCUGCCAGGAAGCAGCUUGCACUGUACGGCGUCACGACGGUUUCGCCCUGA